AUGUCGUCUAAUUCGGAACCUGAAGCUCCAGCCGAGCCGUCACCUGCUCCAGCUCCCGCCGAAACAACUGCCGCAACUGUCGAGGCAAAGAUUACGACUCCGGAGCUCGAUCUUUCCAAACUGCAAGCCCUCCCGGCAGAGCAGCAAGAGCUCUUCCUCUUGAAAUUUGUGUCGGACCUGAAAAGACAUGUUUUGGGACUGGCAGCCGACGAUUGCACCGCCCAGCAGUUCUACUUGAAGAAAGAAAUCUUCCAAAUUAUCAGCCUCACAACUCCUGCGCCGUCUCGAGUAAUCAGAAACAACUUGGGCAAGUGCUUGGCACAUAUUUUUAACAAAGGGGAUCGGAAAUUGCUCUUUGAAACGAUAAACGACUUGAUCUCCAUAAUUUCGAGUAGCAAGACGAAAUCAGAUGGCGAAACUCGGUCCAGGCACGCUGCUGUGUCGUGUUUGGGGGAUGUCUUUGCGGCUGCCGGCGAUAGCGCGAUCGGUUUACAUCAGCUGGCUUGCACUACCUUGCUCAAGUUGGUAAAGUCUGCCUCCAACAAUGCCGGGCUGCGGGCGGCGGCUUUGAAGGCCAUGGGUAAAGUAAUCUCCAUGGUAGAAGGCAGCAUGGACGAAGGCAUAUCACGCGACAUUUGGAAACAAGCACGAAGUCACGCUGCUUCUGAUAAAGGCUCGCUUACAGUAGCGUCUGCGUGCCGGUGUCUCAAAGCCCUUGUCAAACACACGGCUUAUUUCCGCAAUUCCAGUGAUCUCGAUAAGCUGGAGACUGCCGUCUUUAAAGCAGUCGACACGUCUUCUACUCAGGUUCGGCACGCUGCGGCGGAUUGUUUUGCCGAGGCAAUGUUUCAAGGGUACUCUCCGCUUGGCAAUGGUGAGGCUUCAAAGAGCAAGAAGACGAAGCCGAAGCUGAAGCGCUCAUCUACACAUCCCGGGAUAGCAAACAUUAAUGAUGACGAGGACGAACUUCCUCCAAGAUCCGCGAGUCCUGCUCCAGGGGGCAAACGUGUUCAGGAUCUGGCUUUAUCUGUGCCGGAUAUGCUAAAGGUCCUCGCAACCCAGUACGUCAGGCAAAGCACAUCAAACAAGACCCGGGCAGCUAUUGGUGUUUGUUAUGGCAAGCUGUUUCGUCGUCUCGGGGAGCGAACGGUUACGGCCAAGUAUCUGCAAAUCGUGGAGAGCCUGUCAACUGAUAUUUUGGGACACACCACGAUAACCAACAACCGAUACCGCCUGUUAAUCACGAGUAGGAUAAUUGAUACUGUUCUUCACGACGUCAUUGGACGUCAGAUCCUUGGUGAAUCUGGCCAAAUUUCUGCUGCGGAGACUCUGGUGAACAACAUUCUGAAAAAUUAUCCGCAAGCCCUUGCAGAACGACCUGAGCCUUCUAAGCAGAUGCUUAUUAUGGCCCUGCGCACUAUAGCAUCUCUGAUCACAUCGCUUGGCUCGGCCUCUAACAGGUUUGCCGAGCCUUGUCGAGACGGGCUGCUCCAAGUUCUUCAGCACCCCAGCUAUUCCGUUCAGGUGUAUGCCUCAUAUUGCAUGAAGACGUUUGUCCUGGCCUGUCCCCAGCAGCUGCUUCCUUGCCUAUCUGUAUGCAUGAACAGCUUAACCCGCGAGCUCUCUCUUCUCAGCGGUGGCCGAAAUUCUCCAAGACGAUGUCUUGGGUUUGCUCACGGACUGUCUGCCACUCUCAGCACCAGUCCUGCCCGGCCACUAUACGGAUCUGUUGAUAUCAAUAGCCGCGUUCUGACCAUGGCAACAAACUUACUGAAAUCGAGCAGUCAGUCAGAGUUGCGUGUUUCCAGUAUCCAAAUUCAAGUCGCAUGGAUUCUCAUUGGCGGUUUGAUGUCGCUUGGUCCAAAUUUUGUCAAAAUCCAUCUGUCGCAACUCCUCCUACUUUGGAAGAAUGCGCUACCAAAACCGCUUGCGAAGGAUAAUACAUCAGCCAGAAGCCUUCUUGAAGCUUCAUUCCUAACGCAUGUGCGGGAGUGUGCUCUCGGAUCCAUCAUGUCAUUUUUGGAGUUUAACAGCCGCCUGCUGACAGUCGAUGUGUCAAAGCGAAUUGCUGCGAUGCUGCAGAGUACGACGGCUUUCUUGAAAACGUUGCCAUCUAAAAAGACGACAGACGACAUAUCACAGAGACUAACGCCUGCUCUCCAACUCUACGACUUGGACAUGAUGGUUCAACGCCGCGUACUGCAGUGUUACAUCAAAUUGGUGAAUUUGAGUCCUGCUGGUGGGAGCGAAGCUCUUUUGCAGUCCAAUCUGUUGACCCUGGCCAUUUCACUCUUUGCAGACCCGGAAAACUACACACCUAGUUCUCUGAGUGCGUCGAUUGCCAACGCAGCCGGUGCAUUUGAUUCGAUUUGGGACGUUGGUGACAACACAGGCUUUGGAAUCACAGGCUUGGUUUCUGGAUUUAACGUCAAGAGGCUCCCUGGCCAGCACGAAUCGUCUACAGGCUCUGAAAUUGACGUGGGCAGCCCAGAGGAGUCUAUCGACUCACUGCUGAAGUCACCUGUAUGUGGAAGUCUUGAACAUGAUGCUUCCAUGCUGUACAUUGGAGGCGUGGAUGAUGCUUCGAUUCUUCCAGAUCCACCGGCAACCGAAGUAAUCAACAAUGCCAUUCAGCUAUUCGCUUUUGCCUUCCCCCUCACGCCUGCUAAAGUUCAAGAGAGCGUCUUGGAGCAAAUCAAGACGUUUGCCUCGGCUGGUUUGCUGCAGAGAGACCCUGGGCGCAAGGCAGCCAUCAAUGUCAAUGUUGCCCUGGCUAUUCUGUCCAGCAUGAAGGUUGUUGUCAAAGAAACUCGAUCCCCUUCCGGAAAUAUUUCAAAUCUGGCUGUUGAGCGGCUGCUACAAGACAUUGUCCGAGACUUUGUUCUCGAUCAGGACCAGCAUGUCCGCAGUCUGGGAUAUGAGUCGGUUGCCAGGCUCUGCAACGUCUAUGGCAAUGGCUUUACCAAUCAAGAAAUUAAGUACCUGGUUGACACCAUUGUUGGCAACCGUGAGCCGAGUGCAAGAGCAGGAUGCGCCAUGGCUCUUGGUGCAAUUCAGACCAAGGUUGGCGGCAUGGCAGCUGGGUACCACUUGAAGACUAUCCUUGGCAUUCUCAUGUCUCUCUGUAAUGACCCUCAUCCAGUCGUUCACUAUUGGGCUCUGGAGGCUCUGUCACUAGCCUCAGACGCCGCCGGGCUCAGUUUCGCCGGUUACGUUCCAAGCACACUGGGAAUGCUAGCCCAACUAUAUGUGUCCGAAACGCACCAUGCUGAAAUAUCGUCGGCCAUCACCAUGAACCUCGAAAUGGAUUUACCUACCGUCGCGGCGGUAUCGAAAUGCGUCGACUCGCUCAUCAAUGUAUUAGGGCCCGAUCUGCAGGAUGCCAACAAGUCAAGAGAUCUCAUAUUCACACUGGUUAAUCAAUUUCAGGAUGAGGACGAUGCGCUUGUUGAAAAGACGGCUUUAAGCUGUCUAGAACACUUGUCACUGUACGCCCCUGGCCAGAUGCGAUUCACAGAGUACGUAAAACUGCUCCAAAAGUAUCUCAAGUCUGAGAAUAAGACUUUGAGGGACGUAUCGGUGGACGGCUUGCACAAUAUCAUGAAACGAGAACCACGGGAUGUGCUGCGAGAAGCAGAGGAUGGAUUUGAGGAGCAGCUGUGGCUGGUUCUCGAUACUGCGCCAUCUCAUGACGGUAUCAGAAACAUUAUUCGAAAUUGGAUGCAUCAGUCAUGUCUUGUCGAAACCAGCGAGUGGCUGCAAAGAUUCCAGGCAGUCUUGAAAAUGACAAGGGCAAAGAAUGACGAGCAAGAUGAAGCGCGACCAACAGGUGGACUGCCGGAUCUACAAGACGAAGAGGUCGCCGGGUUUGCCGCCGCGGCCACUGGCGCCAAGGAUAACAAAGACAACCCAGCGCCAUCCGAAGCCGAACCAUUGAGAUGGCAAGUUAGGACGUUUGCGCUUAGUUGCAUCAACGAGAUAUUUGCCAUUAUUGCCAAGGAUGUUGCGGCGAAUGGAGAAUCAGCGGCGCAGCUAGCUUUGCAAAACAAGGUUGCAGACGUGGUUCGAAUGGCAUUUUCAGCCUCAACAUCCAAUGUGCUAGAGUUGCGAGUCUGGGGUUUGAAGAUUAUUGGCGCCGUCCUCAAGAUGUUUGGCAAGACGCCUGAUCCUGAUUUUGAGGAAGCCAUGCUUCUGGAGCAGUACCAAGCUCAAAUAAGUUCUGCCCUGACACCCGCAUUCGCCGUGGACUCGUCACCAGAACUGGCUUCAGAAGCUGUCAAUGUUUGUGCAAGUUUCAUAGCGAUCGGUAUUGUCACAGACGUGGACAGAAUGGGUCGAAUUCUGAAAACACUCGUCACCGCAUUGGAGAACUUUUCCAACGACCACGAAAAUGCCGGCAUUGGGGAAUUGAAGGGACUCAGCAGCAACGCGCAAGUCAUGGUCAAAAUAUCCGUGUUUUCCGCCUGGGCGGAACUUCAGGUGGCGAGCACCGAGCAGAAGUACUUGAUGGAUGUUCUCAAGCCCCAUAUCGGAACUCUAACUCCGCUUUGGCUGGAAUCACUCCGGGAAUUUGCUCGACUUCGAUUUGAGCCAGACAUCUCCAUGACUUUGGGACCGCCAUCUCUAUCUGGCAGUCUGGACACAAUCUACGCUGCUCUGAACCGAGAAACCUUGCUCCGAUUCUAUCAGGAUGCAUGGCUCAAGCUUGUAGAUGCAAUCGCGAGUCUCAUUGAACAGGAUAGCGAGUUCGUUUUUGACGCACUCGACGGCAAGGAGGCUAAGGAAGGCGGCUCAAACGGCGUAACAAAGAGCCCUGCCAUCAAUUAUCGUGACGAGCCGGUAGCAUUCUUCUUCGUGCUCUUUGGCCUAGCUUUCGAGGCUCUGGCAAUCAGACCCGGCCAGGUCGACUCGCUUGCCACGAGGGAACAGGCGCUGGACAUCUUGGAGGCUUUGAAGAAAAUAUUGCAUCCCAGCGUGUCUGGUCACGCCAUAUACAGACCCGAUGUUUUUGCCGAAACUAUGGACUUGCUCGAUCGUCUGGUUCUUACAGAUGGAUUAGAUAUCCAAAGUGUCAUUGUUGACAUUGCCCGGGCUCUCUGCGUGACACAUCCGUCUGCCCGUCGUCAAUCAGAAGAUGAGGGAGAUCUCUCCGAGGAUAUUGAUCAACUCUUUGAACUAACAAGAAUCAUUGUGUUGGUGUUAUCUGGGUUGCUGCCCAACCUCUCUGAGGGCAACCAGCCUGUCCGACACCAAAUGAACGAAGAAGCAAUUAUCCUCGUCCGCAAUUCCUUGGAUGCUCUUGUUGACGCCGCAGAGGUCUUCCCGUCCAUCAUCAAGACAGAUCUUCACGCAUGUAUUAUUCACAUCUUCGCCACAAUUCUAGCAACACCUUUCUGCCAGGAAAUUAUCGUCCCGCAGUCGUUGGCAAUCUUGAAGCGAUUUGUUGCCAGCGUACCCUCGUCAACAAGCAGCGGAGAGGAUGACGGUUUGCCGCCUCAAGCGCAAAUACAGGGUUGCCUUCGUCGUUUCCUAUCCAUAUACAUACAUGCACAGAAGCGGGAGGAGCCGACGUCUUUGGCGUGUGUCAAGAAUUGCCUGUUGGCCACCACGAUCCUGUUUACUAGUGGAAAGAAUCAGUUGCCUGCCAGCCACCCUCUUGUCGCACGAUACCUCGAUGAGGUUCUUGACUGCCUGACCGAUCGAAUGACUGCCAAGAUUGCCGCCAAUUGCAUUCGGUCUUUGCUUCUGCAAUCAUCGCCGACGUCGGCCGACUUGAGCAUAGCUCGCUAUCUCUUCCCUAGAUUGGUCUCUUUUGUCACCAACGUAGAGCCAGAGGACCCAGAACGAGCCCGUUCUCUGGUUGCUCACACCCUCUGUCUCUAUGUCGGAGCCGUUCCCAAGGACCGUGUCCCCGCAGCAAUGGGCUUGGUCAUACCAACCUUGAUGACACGGGCGGCCGGUGAAGGCGAAGAGAUGUACAAGGAGACGAGCACAAGGCUCCUGGAGCUCGCGGCGGCAGACCAAUCGAGUUUCAGAGCCACGGUAGGUGCGAUGAAUAGCGGUCAACGAACAUUCUUGGAAGAGGUCAUUCGCUCCGGGCAACAAUCAGGAAGCGAGGCGAACGCGUCAGAUGCUGGUGAGACUGGUCAGCCUAGUAUCACGCUGAAGAUGAACUUUGGCGGCUAG